AAUUUCAAAACUUAAAAUGACAGGUGGUACAAUUGACAGGUGGUUCAAUUCUUGCAUACCACUAUUUUGUAACAAUAUUUAUGAUGCAAUAAGAUUUAGGUUUCCCGCAUUUUUUAGCCGACCCCCUGAACUGCGGCAUAAUUAGGGGGUCGUAUAAACUGUUUUUCGUGUGGGUUCAAAAGGGCCUAGCCCUUGCAUUAACCCCCUUUUUGGUGUGUCCUGGUACAUGCCUAUAUAAUCCCUCCAGUGAGGGGGGAUAAGUCAGUUGCAGGAUUAAUUUGCACACGAUAGAAAGCGAUAUAAAAUAUGGAUUCUUCAUUUAUUUUUUACAAUGGCCGUGACGGGGAUCGCACAGAAAGAACACUGCGGAGAAGCCAAGUAUCAGUCCAAAGACUGGCAAUGAUUUACAAGGUAUGCGUUAUUCACACCAUUGUAGACUAGCAGAGUUUCAAAGAACUAUGAUAAUUUCAUUCUUGUUUAUUAUAGCUUGACGUUACAUCGGUGUACAUAACAGAGGAGUUCGGUUCCUCAGAAUUUCCGAAUACGGAUGGGACGUUUGAUUGCCUUCGGGAGUCGCCUUCUGGCACGUAUUACCAAGUGGAGGGAGAACCACAUCAAGGCAUGACUCAGGUUAGAAACCUACCGACAUCAACGGUCAAUGACAUCGGCGCGUUUCGAAGGCCAACAAUGUUGCAUACAUCUUCGUCCACGAUGUCGCGUAAACGUGUAGGUGCGGCUGCGGAGAACUAUGUUUUAAAAGUUGUUCUGGCGGAUAUAGAGAACAAAAAAAUCGUUAAUCAGAAACGAAUUUCGUUUAUAACAAUAACGGAAGCAGAAGCAAACGUCAACGCAAUCACGGAGAUGGCAAAAACACGAUUCGAAGAUCGAACGUUGGUGUUAGUGCAAGGAGGUGGUUUACGAUACGAGGACUCCGCAGCCACAAGAGGAAUAAGCUUCUGGAAAGCCGCGGCUCGGAAGGUUUAUGCAGUAAAAGCCAAUGAUCUCGAAACAUUUGAUUAUUUUACGCCACGAAGAACAAGCACACAGUCCAUUAAUUUUGAAGAAAUAAAGGAAAAACUUGCUGACCUCACCAGCCUCGUCCAAUCUGGCGUGAUUUUAACUUGUGUGGACCAAGAUACACGAGAGGCAGCACAACGAGCAUUAUCAUCUGUAAAGAUCUGUGAGAAGGCAAAACAAAGCUUCGAGUGCUUGAUAUGUCGUGGGUUGAGCCGGAGUCCGGUGAAAAUGGGUUCCUGCUGCAGAAGAAUAAUUGGUUGUGGCGAAUGUGUAGAUCGCUGGUUUUUAGAAAAUCAAAAUUGCCCACAUUGCAGGUCCAACGAACUCGACGCAAUUUUUGAAACUAAUAAUUUUGAUGGAGUGCUUGCAGAAAUACGUUCUGUCUUUCCGAAUUAAAUUUUAUAAAACACCAUCGUUCUUUUGAAAAUAUUUCUGAAUACUUUUUCAAAACUAACAUUGAUAGCGUUACUGACUUUGCGCACCCUUCUUCAUAGAGCCUCAAAAAUUACCUUUUUCUACAUUAUUGAUUUGACGAUGAUCGAUCACUCAAACUAUCUUU